AUGCUCGGUGACGCUCGGACGCGUGCCCUGGCAUUGCCAACUCCAUGGGCACCCCUUCCGGGCACUGGGCACACGCCAGCGUUCUGCGCCGCCAUGCCCUCUGUAGCCGGCCUUCAAAGCGGCGUCCACCCCCCAGUCCGUUUGAACGGAGACCCGCUGCACACCGACUAUUUCUUAGGCGAGCUGGAGAAAUGCCUAGAGGAGCCCGAGCGACUGGCAGUUCUCUUCAUAAAACAUGAAAGACGGUUACAUAUGUACGUGGUUUAUUGCCAGAACAAACCUAAAUCUGAGCACAUCGUCUCCGAAUACAUCGAUACCUACUUUGAAGAGCUGAAGCAGCAACUAGGCCACAGGCUUCAGUUGAAUGACUUGCUUAUCAAACCCGUUCAGAGAAUCAUGAAAUACCAGCUUCUACUAAAGGAUUUCCUGAAGUAUUCAAAGAAGGCCGGGCUGGACACCACUCAGUUAGAGAAAGCCGUAGAGGUGAUGUGCUUUGUCCCCCGACGUUGCAAUGACAUGAUGAAUGUGGGUCGCCUACAAGGCUUCGAGGGCAAGAUCACAGCGCAGGGCAAACUCCUGCAACAGGACACGUUUCACGUGACGGAACAGGACGCCGGCUUGCUGUCGCGCUGCAAGGAGCGACGGGUAUUCCUCUUCGAGCAGAUCGUCAUCUUCAGCGAGCCACUGGAUAAGAAGAAGGGCUUCUCACUGCCGGGCUACCUCUUCAAGAACAGCAUUAAGGUCAGCUGCCUGGGACUUGAGGAAUCGGUGGACAACGACCCCUGUAAAUUCACGCUGACCUCUCGUGGGACUGACGGGAACAUGGUGCGAUACGUCCUGCAAGUCGCCAAUCCCGAAAUCCGGCAGGGAUGGGUUUCCAGCGUCAGCCAGAUCCUGGAGUCCCAGCGGAACUUUUUAAACGCCCUGCAGUCCCCCAUUGAGUACCAGCGGAGGGAGAAUAAAUCGAACAGCUUGGGCAGACCGCGUGAUGCCCGGACGGCUCUGUCCAUCUCAGCGGGCAUGAGGCCACACUCCUCCGCAUCCAUGGACCGCAACCAGUUUCCCUCCAUGAAGGCCUACAACACUUCGCUGCCUGCACUCUUUCUGCCCCCGUGCAGAACUGGCAGUGCCACCUUGGAAUCGCCCCAGGAGAAGCACGCCAGUGAGGGGCGGUCGGGCAAGACCGGCGGCCGCAGCCACGACUCUGCGCUCCGGCGCGGGAGCCGGGACGAGCCGGACGAAAGCGACCUCUAAAAACCGCUGCCUCCCCAUCCGUUUCAUUUCUGCUUUUGGAAUAAAAGGAAAACUCGGGCUCAGGACCUUCCACACCAGUGGGCGACGGCUCUCCCCCACGAUCGGCACCCAGCCCAUGGACUAAUUCUCGAGAACCAGUCGGUUUAAAGAUUUGAUGAAGAACGUCGGCAGAUUGCGCGGACGGGCUUUGCUUCGACCGCCAGCAGUGUUCUUCUCCAGCGCUCCCGUGAAGUGUGUGUGCGCAAAGACGCACAGAGACGGCCAGAGGCAUAGAUACUGUGGCCGUGGGUUCCAUGUCAUUUAGGCCCUCUGGUUACAGUUGCCAGGUGGUGGCAAGUCAAAAUAUCUCUUCCCUUCGUAUGUGGCGAGAUCCCUGGAUAGCUCUCAAUACCAUCGAUCCACCGGGCUUUCCUGCCAAGGAUAAAAUCAUUUGAGAGAGAUCUCUCAAUGGGAUCCAGCUCCAUGCAGAGGUCAAUGAGAGGUCCCUGUUCGGUCAAUAAAAAAGGGGGUGGGUUGGCUACGCUGAGCUUCAGCCCCUGUAGUUGGUGUCGUUUGGCUUUGGACGGUCACGGAGAUCACAUUCUGCCCCUCCCCCCCAGGGGUCGCCCAGCUCCAGGUUCACAAGUUCAUCGGUGGUGGGUAGGAGCAGAAUGAGGCCGUUCGGCCCAUCAAGUCCACUCCACCUUUCAAUCGUGGCUGAUCUAUCUCUCCCGAUCCCCAUUCUCCUGCCUUCUCCCCGAGAAAUAAAACUACGAUGCUUCUGUCUGCUGCUUUGUGUAGCUGACACCCCUUCUUUUCACC